AUGACAGUCAUGGGGCUUGACCAGGAGCAACUGGACGAGAUCUAUGCUUUUGCGGUAGACCUCGGCCGUAAAGCAGGUCAGCUCUUACUGGAGAGCAUUGAAAAGCGAAUCGGGGGUGAGGGGAGCCAGUCGGUGGAAGAAAAAGAAAAUGCAGUGGAUAUUGUGACUCAGACAGAUGAAGAUGUGGAAGCAUUUAUCAAGACCGCAAUUAACGAGAAAUACCCUUCUCACAAAUUCCUAGGGGAGGAGACAUACGCCAAAGGACAGUCUCGAGAUUAUCUCAUAGAUGAACAACCAACAUGGUGUAUUGAUCCACUAGAUGGAACGGUUAACUUCACUCAUAUCUUCCCCAUGUUCUGUGUCUCAAUCGGCUUUAUCGUUAACCAUAAACCCGUCAUUGGUGUCAUUUAUGCUCCUUUCCAAGACCAACUUUUCUCGUCAUGUAUUAACCGAGGUGCCUGGCUCAAUGAAAAGCGCCGUCUUCCACUUAUCCGCAACCCAUCUAUCCCACCAAUGCCCCCUAAUGCACCUAGCAAGUGUGUCUUUUCCUGUGAAUGGGGAAAGGAUCGCCGUGAUAUCCCCGAUGGCAACAUGCACCGCAAAAUCGAGAGCUUUGUAAACAUGGCCGCUGAGAUCGGGGGUCGGAGUGGAAAAGGUGGAAUGGUCCAUGGUGUCCGGAGUUUGGGGAGUGCGACGUUGGAUUUAGCGUACACCGCGAUGGGAUCGUUUGAUAUCUGGUGGGAGGGUGGCUGUUGGGAAUGGGACGUUGCUGCUGGGAUCGCAAUCCUCCUUGAAGCGGGUGGCUUGGUCACCACUGCUAAUCCACCAGCAGAUCCUGACACUGACCCGAUUGGGGAUGUGCGACUAGGCAGUCGCUUGUACUUGGCUAUUAGACCAGCGGGACCGUCAGCAACUGAGACCGGUCGACAGACACAGGAGAGAACAGUGAGGGAGGUAUGGAAGCGUGUACGAGAGCUUGAAUAUACACGGCCUGGUGCUUAA